AGCACUUUAUCACACCUCUCUGGGAGUCCUUCAUCAGUGAUGUAGUUUUUUACGUCACACUAACGUCUGCGAGCAUAGCGUGACUGUGUGCUUGGUCAGCCAUUAUUAGACUACUGCUGGAGGUGGAAGCAACACGACGGCGACUGACUCCUGCUUCGAUAAGUGACCCGAAGUACUUACUGUCUUGUGGUCAGCCAACACUUGCUGGAGUUGGAGCUCAAGACUGUCUCACUACUGCCUCGAUUAGGAGUCGAGAUGGGUGGUUUGAGGGUAAGUGUGCGGGCGUGGCUGCUGUGGGCGGUUCUGAGUUAUGUGAGCGGCAGUGAGGGCGUCAGUACAGGCUACCGGAGGAGUCAAGCAGGUCGUGUGUGUGGCGCUUCAACCGUGAGUGUCGUAGUGUCGUCCCUCACCAUGUGUGCCGCUCUCUGUGACCGAGAAGCGGCAUGUGUCGGGUUCAGCAUAGAGGAACGAUCACCUUUACGACGACUGUGUGAGAAGGUGCUGCAGUCUGGAGGCACGUGUGAUGGUGACAGCCACUACAGUUUCUACACGGCCCCUGACAACACCCUCACCACCCUGCCAGAUACAACUUCUUCAGGAGGUAACACAGGGGCAACAUCAACAGGAAUUACAGCGCUUUCAAAAGUACACACAGAUAUCACAACAGAGACAUGGACCACGAAUCCUAUGUUUACCCCAACAGACGCUGACACAACCAGUCAGGGCUCGGGAACUUCAUCUCUCUCUGACGCUACAUCGACUAUCGAAGUUCCAGCUACAGGUAUGACCACUACCAACACUACUUCUCUAUCUACUAUCACGACUACAAGCAGUAUAGAGAAAACCGACGGCUGGGUCACUACUAUUACUACUAUACCAACCCCUACCACUACUAUUACCGCCACCAGUACACCAGCUCCUACCACUACUAUUACCGCCACCACGGAGACAGUUUUAAUAGAGAAUAAAGAAGUAAAUAGUAAAUGCCCAAGCAACACAGGCGUCUCCACUUUAUCCCUAAAACCUGAAGAAGAAAAAAUGGUCAACUUGGACUACCUCGCCUGCAGUAAGUUCCUAACCAACAACAACUUCGGCGUUAGUUCCUCUGUCAGCCGCCAGAUCAAUACCGCUCGCUGUGGAACUAACGAAGUCAUAGUGGGCUUCGAAGCUUAUGAUCAGGUUAAUUUCCAGUCCCCGAACACCAAUUGGGACAAUGCACUGUAUCUCUACUCUGUCUGUUCUCAGUUGGUCAAUUAUCAAGUCAAAUCCGGCGAAUGUGAGAUCGUUCAAGUCUCUAAUGUUCCUUGGACAGGUAUUAAAGACGUUGGGGACAUGAAGACUGACCUGUGGGACUAUUGGUUCUCCUGUUCACCUGAUUACCUGGCUGUACAGGUGAAUCGAGAGACAAAUGGAGAUCUGAGACAAGUGGUAAAUAUAGAAUGCUGUCGGGUUUCUCCCAACUAA